GCUGGUACCAUGGAGGAAGAUUGUCUUCGGGGUGCAGGGCCAGCGUCCUAUGGCAGUUUCACUCUGAGCCUGUGUCUGAAUCACGGAGACGCGGGGUAGCCGUUCGGAGUGGGGAGCAGGGAUGUCCCCGAGCUGUGCAGCGGCAGGAACCCGAAAAACUGGACGCCAUCUUCUUGGAGAACGGCCCCAGGGAGGACUAACCAUCUGCAAUACUGAAAGCCAUGGCCGAGGGAUCAGUGAUGUUCAGUGAUGUGUCCAUAGACUUCUCUCAGGAGGAGUGGGACUGCCUGGACCCUGUUCAGAGGGACUUAUACAGAGAUGUCAUGUUGGAGAACUACAGCAAUCUGGCUUCAAUGGGACUUUACACUCCUAAGCCUCAAGUGAUCUCCUUGUUGGAACAAGGGAAAGAGCCCUGGAUGGUUGGCAGAGAGCUUACAAGAGGCCUGUGUUCAGAUCUGGAAUCAAUGUGUGAAACCAAGUUAUUGUCUCUAAAGAAGGAAGUUUAUGAAAUAGAAUUAUGCCAGAGGGAGAUAAUGGGACUUACAAAGUAUGGCCUUGAGUACUCCAGUUUUGGAGAUGUUCUGGAAUAUAGAAGCCACCUUGCAAAACAACUGGGAUAUCAAAAUGGGCAUUUCAGUCAAGAAAUAUUCACUCCUGAAUACAUGCCCACAUUUAUUCAACAGACAUUCCUUACUCUCCAUCAAAUAAUUAAUGAUGAACACAGACCCUAUGAAUGUAAGAAAUGUGGAAAGGCCUUUAGUCAGAACUCACAAUUUAUUCAACAUCAGAGAAUUCAUAUUGGUGAAAAAUCUUAUGAAUGUAAAGAGUGCGGGAAAUUCUUUAGUUGUGGUUCACACGUUACUCGGCAUCUGAAAAUUCAUACUGGUGAAAAACCCUUUGAAUGUAAGGAAUGUGGAAAGGCCUUCAGUUGUAGCUCAUACCUUUCUCAACAUCAGAGAAUCCAUACUGGUAAAAAACCCUAUGAAUGUAAGGAAUGUGGGAAGGCCUUUAGUUAUUGCUCAAAUCUUAUUGACCAUCAGCGAAUUCACACUGGUGAAAAGCCUUAUGAAUGUAAAGUAUGUGGGAAAGCCUUUACUAAGAGCUCACAACUUUUUCAACAUGUGCGAAUUCAUACAGGUGAGAAACCCUAUGAAUGUAAGGAAUGUGGGAAAGCCUUUACCCAGAGCUCAAAGCUUGUUCAACAUCAGAGAAUUCAUACUGGUGAGAAACCCUAUGAGUGCAAGGAAUGUGGCAAAGCCUUUAGUAGUGGCUCGGCACUUACUAAUCAUCAAAGAAUUCACACUGGCGAGAAACCCUAUGAUUGUAAGGAAUGUGGGAAGGCUUUUACCCAGAGCUCACAGCUUCGUCAGCAUCAGAGAAUUCACGCUGGUGAGAAACCCUUUGAAUGUCUUGAAUGUGGGAAGGCCUUUACUCAGAACUCACAGCUUUUCCAACAUCAGAGAAUUCAUACCGAUGAAAAACCGUAUGAAUGUAAUGAAUGUGGAAAGGCCUUUAAUAAAUGCUCAAACCUUACUAGACAUCAGAGAAUUCACUCUGGUGAAAAGCCCUAUAACUGUAAGGAAUGUGGGAAGGCUUUUAGUAGUGGCUCAGAUCUCAUUCGCCAUCAGGGAAUUCAUGCUAAUGAAUAAUAAAAAUUAAAGCUCCUUUCACCUUCCUCAUAUUUUAAACCAAAAUUCACAUCUAAUAGUUACCCUCUUUCACAAUUUUUUAUAACUUUGUAUUUAAAUUUUGUAUUCAAAUGUAUUUCCAAGUUAUAAAUUCAGAGUCUAAAUUGAGAUUCCCUCUCCCCUGGCCCUCCAUCAUAUACCAAUGCCAGCUGUUCUAUGGUCCUUUCUUUCACUGUUUGGUUCUGCUUUCUUGGUGGUGCAUUAUACUGUUGUUUAUAUUUG